AUGUGCUAUCAAAUCGUUGAGCUCUACUCGGCUUGCCGGUGCCUCUACUACCAGCACGCCAUUGACAGAUGCGCUUCAUAUGGACGACCCGGUCACAGCAUUCAGAAGCGGACAAUCUUGGUGGGCUACGCAUGUCACGCCCACACCUCGUCUCAUGGCGGCUACGCAUCACAAUACACCUACUCAGACUCUGGCUACCACUCAAGCCACUCAAGCAGCAGGAGCUCUCGCCAAUACCGAUGCGAUUGGGUUGCCUACCUAUACUCUUUCAGAGCGAGGUCGCCAUCACAGACGUUGCACCCGUCCCAGCUAUCACUCCUCUUGGUCGGCCAUGACCGGCUCAUGUCGUCUUCAGCGCCCCCGGCGAUGAGAUGA